GUCGCUGCAAGGAGCGGCGCCGUCUUAUGAAGGACGCCGUCUACGCUCGUCACCAUCUCGCCGCCGCUCACUCUGACUACUGCCGCUCCCUUCGUCUCACCGGCUCUGCCCUCUCCUCCUUCGCCUCCGGCGAGCCCCUCUCCGUCUCUGAGAACACUCCCGCUGUUUUUCUCCGCCCUUCCUCCAGCCAGGACGCGCCACGUGUCCCUUCUUCCCAUUCCACAAAGCCCCCUCCGCCCAUCCGCAGCAAGCCUAAGCCUAGGAGGCUUCCCCACAUUCUCUCCGACUCCUCUCCUUCUUCCUCUCCGGCCACCUCUUUCUAUCCCACUGCUCACCAGAACUCUACCUACUCUCGCUCUCCUUCUCAAGCUUCCUCUGUCUGGAACUGGGAGAAUUUCUACCCUCCCUCUCCUCCCGACUCUGAGUUCUUCGAACGCAAAGCUCGCCAGAACCAGAAGCACCGUCCUCCUUCCGACUACGACGCCGAAACUGAGAGAUCCGACCACGAUUACUUCCACUCCCGGAGAGAUGCCGCCGAGGAAGUUCACUGCAGCGAGUGGGGCGACGACCACGACCGUUUCACUGCCACCUCUUCGUCCGACGGAGAUGGGGAGGCCGAAACCCACGUUUCCAGAUCCGGUAUUGAAGAAGAAGAGCCUGUGAAACAAGAGCAAGACCCAAAUGGCAAAGACAACUCUGACCAUGUUACCACUUCUUCCGACUGCUACAAGACCAAAUUGGUGGUAAGGCACAAGAAUUUGAAGGAGAUCCUCGACGCCGUUCAAGACUACUUCGACAAGGCUGCCUCCGCUGGGGACCAGGUCUCCGCCAUGCUUGAGAUCGGCCGGGCUGAGCUCGACCGCAGCUUCAGCAAGCUGAGGAAGACGGUGUAUCAUUCAAGCAGUGUGCUUGAGCAACUUGAGCGCAAGCUGGACCUCAAAACCCCCAUUGGCAACCGACUCCUCGCUUGGGAGAAGAAGCUUUAUGAGGAUGUCAAGGCAAGAGAAGGAGUUAAGAUUGAGCACGAGAAGAAGCUGUCUGCGCUGCAGAGUCAGGAGUACAAGGGAGGCGAUGAAUCCAAGCUAGACAAGACUAAAACUUCCAUAACCAGAUUGCAAUCACUCAUCAUUGUUUCUUCAGAAGCUGUUUUGACCACGUCUAAUGCCAUCCUCCGCCUCCGGGACACUGACCUUGUCCCUCAACUUGUUGAACUCUGCCACGGAUUAAUGUACAUGUGGAAGUCAAUGCACGAGUACCACGAAAUCCAGAACAACAUCGUGCAACAAGUCCGUGGCCUGAUCAAUCAUACAGAGAAAGGUGAGUCAACAUCAGAGGUACACCGGCAGGUGACGCGGGACCUAGAGUCAGCUGUCUCCUUGUGGCAUUCGAGCUUCUGUCGCAUCAUCAAAUUCCAGAGGGAGUUCAUAUGCUCUCUCCACGGCUGGUUCAAGCUCAGUCUUGUUCCCCUUAGCAACGAAGACCCAAAGAAGAAGCGGCCAGAGUCAUUUGCCUUGUGCGAGGAGUGGAAGCAGAGCCUGGAACGGGUGCCUGACACUGUGGCGUCAGAAGCCAUAAAGAGCUUUGUAAACGUGGUCCAUGUCAUAUCAAUAAAGCAGGCGGAAGAGGUGAAGAUGAAGAAACGCACGGAGAGUGCAGGAAAGGAGCUGGAGAAGAAAGCAUCCUCACUAAGGAGCAUAGAGAGGAAGUACUACCAGGCUUACUCGACGGUUGGGAUAGGCCCUGGACCGGAGGUGUUGGACGCACGGGACCCGCUUUCUGAGAAGAAAUGUGAGCUGGCGGCAUGUCAGAGGCAGGUGGAGGAUGAGGUAAUGAGGCACGUGAAGGCUGUGGAGGUGACACGAGCUAUGACUCUCAACAAUCUGCAAACCGGCCUGCCCAAUGUAUUCCAGGCCUUGACCAGCUUCUCAUGUCUCUUCACUGAAUCCCUACAGACUGUCUGUUCUCGUUCCUACUCCAUCAACUGAUUAUGGCCAAGUUUUUUUUUAGUUAAGCUCUCAUUAGUGUAUCAUGUAAAUUUCCAAGUGCUUCUCUUUAAAAUUUGAGGAUUGAUUAACUUGACCGUGAAGAGUUAUAAAUCAUUUAUCAAAGU